AUGUAUUAUGGUUAUGAAGCCCGCGCGUUCUUACCAAAACGAAUUUUUUUGUCGUCUUCCACUGACCAAACUAAACACCUACUUGUAGAAACUACAGAAACACCAGUUAAUUGUGCGAUACAGUUAAACAUGCUUCAACAUUUUCGUCCCGCUCCAGGAGCACUUUCCAUAGUCAGAUCUCGUGCGGUCAUAAAGCCAUCAUCAAUAGUGAGAUGCAUCUCAUUGAAGCCAGAUUUUUCAAAAUUUAAAAAGAUAGAACAGCCACCAGGCUUUAUUGUUGGUACUGUUAAUGAGCCAUAUAAACCACCAGGAGCGUCAUUCUAUGAAGGUGGGUACCACUGGACUUAUGAGCGUUUUAUUGCUAUCAGUUUAGUACCUUUAGCUAUGUCCCCAUUCAUCGGAGGAGUUGAACAUCCUAUGAUCGACUCAAUAUUUUCCAUAGCUUUAUUAUUCCAUUGUCACACCGGUUUCAAAUCAUGCAUUAUUGACUAUAUACCUAAGAGGGUCUACGGCAUAUGGUAUGGUCUUGCAAGCAAAUUAUUAACUUUCGGUACAUUCGUGGGUAUGUACGGGGUAUAUCUCUUAGAAACAGAAAGCAACGGUUUAUUCGAGUUAAUCAGAAGCAUUUGGAACAGUUAG